AUACAUAACGCAUUGUUGAAGCUUUUAGCCCCCAAAAAAAGAAAAAAAACUCUGAUUAGACGACCUUUCCUCCUUCUUCACCAAUCGCAACUUUCUCCAAAUCUCGAUUCCACCAUUCUCCCCGAUUCGAUCAAUCCCCUCAUAAGAAUCCUCAAACCGAAUCAGAUCGAAGUGUAGACUUCCCAAAAAUCCGAUGAAGAUGGCGGCCAACGGCCGAUUCUUCACGAUCGGGAUCGUGGCGUCGUGGUACUCGUCCAACAUCGGAGUGCUACUACUAAACAAGUACCUCCUCAGCAACUACGGGUUCAAGUACCCGAUCUUCCUCACCAUGUGCCACAUGACGGCGUGCUCGCUCCUCAGCUACGUGGCCAUCGCGUGGAUGAAGAUGGUCCCUAUGCAGACGAUCAGGUCCCGCGUCCAGUUCCUCAAGAUCGCGGCGCUGAGCCUCGUCUUCUGCGUCUCCGUGGUGUUCGGGAACAUUUCGCUGAGGUUUCUUCCGGUUUCGUUUAACCAGGCCAUCGGCGCCACGACGCCGUUUUUCACGGCCGUGUUUGCGUAUUUGAUUACGUUGAAGAAGGAGGCGUGGUUGACUUAUGUUACGCUCGUGCCCGUUGUUACUGGUGUUGUUAUUGCUAGUGGGAGUGAACCAAGCUUCCACCUGUUUGGAUUCAUUAUGUGCGUUGCAGCCACGGCUGCGAGAGCACUUAAAUCAGUUCUUCAAGGGAUUUUGCUAUCUUCAGAAGGGGAGAAGCUAAACUCCAUGAAUCUACUCCUCUACAUGGCUCCCAUAGCUGUUGUGUUCCUUCUUCCUGCUACCCUUAUCAUGGAGAAGAACGUCGUUGGCAUUACAAUUGCACUCGCCAGAGACGAUUUCAGAAUCGUUUGGUAUCUGCUAUUUAAUUCGGCGCUUGCUUAUUUCGUGAACUUGACUAACUUCUUAGUCACAAAACACACCAGCGCUCUGACUCUCCAGGUGCUAGGAAACGCCAAAGGAGCAGUAGCAGUGGUGGUAUCGAUUUUAAUAUUCAAGAAUCCUGUCUCAGUGACUGGAAUGUUAGGCUACUCGCUAACGGUCAUUGGAGUUAUCCUCUACAGUGAAGCCAAGAAACGAAGCAAAUGAAGUUAAAGAAACCUCUUCAAUUUUUAUUUGUUAGGUCCUUGCAGGUAAAACACACAAGGCAAAGUUCCUUUUGCUGGACCAGAAGCAAAAGGAUGUGUAAAGGCAACACCAAAGGAUCAGAGUACCCAUAAGCAAUAAGUGGUUUUGUUUCCUUCUUUAAUUUUUGUUUACGAAUCUUCUACAGCUUUUGUCAUAGGUUGUUCUAAGAGUAACUUCGAUGUAGCUUCCUUUUUUUUUGGUCGAUUCUUUACAUCUUUUGUGAUACAACAUUUAUAACACUGAUUAAUUAAUGGAAAAGACAAGUUUUUUUUUUUC